UACAUCAUUAGUUAAUGUACCUUAUCCCAAGGGUGAUAAGCGAUCGAUCCAAAAACAUGAUCGCUAUGGUUACUUCAUCGCUAACAAAUGAUCUACCGACCCAUAAAGUUCUGGAACAAAGACAUUUCAUGUAGUUUGAAAGAAGAUAAAUAGUAGUCGGUUGAGUUCUUGUUAUAUCUCGUAGUCAUCGUAGGGACCUCAAUCGUGAAACAUGAAGUUCGAAGUAUCCGUUUAUCGUAAAAAAUACUUUCUUUUCCGCGCUAAAGAUUAUUGUUCUUUGAUGCGACCAUGUUUCGUGAUUUCUUGCAUACUCGGUGUAUUUCCCUAUCACGUUACUCCAACGAGCUUGAGCAUAUCAAAAUUCGGCUACAUAUAUACCACGUUCGUAACAGGUCUAUACGUCGUUCAUGUUUUCAUUGUUCUCUAUCAAACCGAUGUGUCCCGCAUACUGAAAUACGAUAGCGUACCGGGAAUGUUGCAGGGCAAUUUUUAUUUCAUCCUUGGUACCGCGGUAGCCGUAACCGCGUACUACAAUAUACAUCGCAGAUUGUUAUUUCUUCAACAAUUAUAUCUAGUGGCCUCAAAGUUACCUUCCGAAACCUUCAAUAAGCUGUCGAAAUAUAUUCACACGAAAGACAUAUUCGGUUUUUUAUUUCUGAUCGGACAAAUGCCGAACAUUUUGAACCGAUCGUUGGUCCUAACACUCAGCAAGUGCUCCUUACUAUACGCUACAUUGAUAGUUUUCAUAAUGGAUAUGCUUUAUAUGAAUUGUACCUGCAUAAUUAAAGAAUGUUUUACAAGAAUUAACAAAAAUUUGGAAAAUCUUCAGCGCGUCGUCGUCACUGGCGAGCCUCAUCUCUUGAGAAGGGUCUAUCACGAAAAAAGGAAUCCUUUGCUUUUAAUAGAAUUGAAGGCCAUUAAAAUGAGACAUCAACAGGUCAGCGACGUUCUUCAACAAUUGAACUCGACUUUUGGUUCUCAAAUUAUUAUAACGUCUUUGAUGACCUUCGCGGAAGUAACAUUCAGUCUAUACUUUUACAUAUUGCAAACGAUCGAUAAGAAAGAAAUAAACUUGGAGAAACAAAUUUGGUAUUCUUACUUUAUAACAUCGAUAGCAUAUUAUUCCAUCAAGUUAGGUCUAAUAGCGUGGGCGUGCGAAACCGCUAAAAACGAGGCUGCCGAGGUUGGAAUUAGGAUCCACGAGGUAGUUAUCAAUACUACGGACAAGGACAUUAAAAACGAGCUGCAAUUAUUUUCCUUGCAAGUAUUGCAUCGAGAUAACACCUUUACCUCCAAAGGACUCACUAUGGACGCGUCUCUCGUAACAACGAUCGUAGGGAGCAUUACAACGUAUCUGUUGAUUCUAAUACAAUUCCUGAUUUCCUUACACUCGUGCAAACCCAACAACGGAACCAACGUAAUGUUUUAA